AUGAACGCGCCAGGAAUCACCGGCGCAGCACCCGCCGGCCCCAACCGGCCGCAACAGCCCUCCCUCCUUCCGGUUGUUCCGCCAGGCCCCGCGUCAUCCUCAUCUGGGCAAACAUUGUCGGCAGCCUCUGGCCCGGCCUCCGUCCCAGAACUCGGAUCAGCAGGCCCGUCUGGACAGGCUUCGGGUUCUGGCCCGUCUUCUAGCCACAUUCCUUCCGAGUCGCUUCCAAUUGAAGCAGGUCACUCGCAAACGGCUACAUCACCCGCUUCCACUAGCGCGACCGGGAGUUACAUGCAGCGCAGCCGGCGACGGUGGACGGCAGAAGAAGACGCAAAACUGAUCAGCGCUGUCAAAGCCUACGGCUCGGCACGGGGGCCGGGAUCGGCCUGGUCGCUCAUCUCCCAAGGCAUACCUGGACGAACAAACAAGUUCACUACUGUUAUCAACAGCCGCGCCUGUGAUCUACGCAUCGAUGCCAGCUGCCAUGCUGCUAGCGUCGUCGCAUACCCGGGGAAUGUUCUUCGCCGAUACAUGAGCGGCAAUGCCGGCGGCAACGCGGGCGGCGUCAUUCUAUGCAGCCUAAGCGAAGGCACUAUCCCCAGAGUGCUCAUGAGGGGUAGUCACUGUCGCCUUGCUUCCAUGCUCUACCUCUUAUCCUGGCAAGGCCCGUGCAUCGACCCAUACACGUUCUCGACGCUUUCACCACAGGACAGCUCAGUUGACAGACAGGAUUGCCGCAAGCGGUGGUUCCACUCGCUUGACCCCAGCGUGCGGAAGGGCAAGUGGUCCCCGAACGAGGACGACGCACUGCGUAAACUCUACUCCGAGCUUGGGCCACAAUGGAAGGAAAUCGCUCUCCGCAUCCCUGGCCGAAAGGACGACCAGGUCUCGAAGCGAUGGCGCGACGUGCUCGCGCCAGAGCUCACGAGCAAAAAACCCUGGAGUGGAAAGGAGGAUGCACUCCUCCUUGAGCUGCUCGAGAAGCUUGGCCCAAGAUGGACGGCCAUAGCAGACAAGUUGCCAGGACGCUCACCGAUCGCGUGCCGCAAUCGCUCCAGGAAGUUCCGCAAGCAGCGGCCUGAACCAAGUCAACGUCAUGGUUGUCGAAUAUCCGUGAUCAAGAAGCGCACUAACCCCGCAGUGGCAGACGACACGCCAUCGAGUACUGGUGCGAGUGGCAGUGGCAGUGGGACCGCGAGCGCGCGCAGUGGGUCUGGCAGCGGGGUGGCCAGCGCUGGUCCGAGCACCGUGCCCCUGCCCUCGAUGAUGACGGAAAGGUCAAUGCAAGAGGACGGAGAGCCCGACUGGCGGCUCCCAGCCGACCUGAAUCCGAGCAUUUCCGUGAGCUCGUUCAAUUUCGACCUGGAUCAGAACCGUCUUGUCGGCCCUAGCCCUCACGAUCAACCAGGUGCGCCUGGCCCGGGCGGCCCGGGUUCACAGGGGCCGCCAGGAUCUGUCCCUGGUCAAGCCCCGCCCGCACCGCCGUCCGCUGCGAGCGGACCACAAAGCACUGGCGGAAGUAUGAUGGGGGACAGUGUGAUGGGUAUCGCCGCCAGUCCCGCCGUGAACACGAGUGGUCUGCCAAUGUCGCACCAGUCGGUUUCCCCAACGACACACAUGGACCAGCUCCCGCCCCAGAUGGAGGGGUGGAUGCCACCGACACCGAUGCAGAUGGGCAUGCCCCUGUUCGACCGCGCUGUGGACGACAUGUGGGGCCUGUUCGUGGCGCUCGACCGAGGCGAUCCUGCCGUUCUCGUCGACAGCAAUCUGCUCCGACAGCUUGUCGCCGGCGCAGCUUCGGGGAUCGGGCACCCGCCGAUGCCAGGGCGUACUUGA